AUGAGUACGGCGAAUACAACAGCAACAACGCCUAUUGUUGUUAACACGUGGCCGUUUGUAAAUGCAACCCGAAAUGCGUUUAACAAAUUGAAAAUCCCAGGUGCGACAUGUCUCGAUGCAGUCGAAGUCGGUUGCCGAACAUGUGAAGAUGAACAGUGUGAUGGAAGCGUCGGGUGGGGAAAUCAUCCAGGAGAAGACGGAGAAACAACAUUGGAUGCAUUAAUUAUGGAUGGACGCACAAUGAGUGUUGGUGCUGUCGCCAAUUUGCAUCGUAUCAAAAAUGCUGUUGGUGUUGCUCGUGCAGUUUUAGAAUAUUCUACUCAUUCGUUUUUAGUCGGAGAAAGUGCGACGAAAUUUGCGAUUGACAUGGGCUUCAAAGAAGAAGAUCUUCAUAGUAACGCAUCGAUUGAUAUUUGGAACAAAUGGAAAAAUGCAAAUUGUCAACCUAACUUUCGACGUAAUGUUAAACCAGACUCGACAACAAGUUGCGGACCGUACAAACCUCAACCAUACGAUGAUGGAAACAAAUCACCAUCGCACCAUCAAUUACCAACUCGCGAACAUGAUACGAUUGGUAUGAUUGCUUUAGAUUCCGAGGCCAAUAUGGCAGCUGGCACCUCAACCAACGGUCUUCAGUAUAAAAUUCCUGGUCGUGUCGGUGACUCACCUAUCAUAGGAAGUGGUGCUUAUGUUGAUAAUGAAAUUGGCGGCGCGUGUGCGACAGGCGACGGUGACGUAAUGCAACGUUUUGUUCCUUCCUAUCAUGCUGUUCAACUGAUGCGCCAAGGAACAUCACCUGACGAAGCAUGUCUAGACGCUGUCAAACGUAUUGCCAAAUAUUAUCCCAGUUACACGGGUGCUGUCUUAGCAUUGCGCAAAGAUGGCAGAUACGGUGCAGCGUGCCACGGCAUGGACGCAUUUCCAUUUUCUGUGAUGCAACAAGGUUGGACUGAUCCGAAAAUCUUUCAAAUUCCUUGUUAUAAACCAUAA